AUGCUUCAACGUCUCCUCGUAGACCUGAAGCUUAUGGAGACAUUUGAGACUGCCAAAAACUCGACACUCCUGGCCAUGACCGACGACGCAAUCAUUUACCUCGCAAAAUGGGGUCUGAAUCUCACCUCCAUCGAUCCAGACAUCGCCAGAGGAAUCCUGAAGUACCACUUCCUAGAGGGCGCCUAUCUCUCAUCGGCUCCGGCGCUCCACGCAGAGACUCAGCUAGCUCGAUCGUCCCUUAAACCCUCCUCAGGCCUGACAAACAUCUCCCAGGGUGCCGUCGUCAAGUUGACAGCAAGCUACGACGGUUCACACAGCCUCCGCGUGGAAUCCGGCGACCAGAAGAUCAUCCACACGGUCGAGACGGACAUUCACCACGCAAACGGCGUUGUCCACACGAUCAACCAGGGUCUGGUUCUCCCCCGUAGUCUUUUAGAGACCAGCAGCCUGGGAGAACUCGAUGGUUUCUGGGAUACAGUCACCAAGUCUCGCAUGGAUAGCGUGCUCGAGAAGCUUCGCGAUGUUACCGUGUUUCUCCCUAGCAACAAGGCCGUCUGGAAAGGACAUUCGAUGCUGGAAUCGCUCGAUAUCGAGGCACUGGAGACGCUUAUCAAAGAUCACGUUGUCCCCAACCAUGUCUUGUUCCAUACGUGUUUCCCCCAAAAGCCGAGGAUGGUGACCACCUUGAGCGGCAAGAAAAUUUCCAUCAACGGCGAUGCCAAGGGACGUAUCUUUGUGAAUGGAAAGAUGGUGAUGAUGCAGAAUGUGCUCAUUAGCGGCGGGGUUUCUCACGUUGUUGAUGAGCUAUUGUCACCAGAAACAGGUUUAUUCUGGCAACGAUUCUUCUCCUGGCGCCAUUGGGGCUCCUUGGGGUUUACGUGA